AGUGUGAUGGCUGCGCUGAUCGCACUCGAGAACGGUCGAACGUCGCACGCACGCGCAGGCGACAGGCCGCGCUAUGCGUUUAAGCGUUUUUCUGCGCAUGCAAAUUGCAACGGCGUAUAUAAUUAGAGAUAUUGAUGAUGAGAUGAGUUUCGGUUAAACUUUGUCGCUUCGUCUUCUGAUUUUGAAUUAAGGAUAACUUUCGGGUACUUGAUGUGCGAGUAGAAAAAAAGCAGCUCGAGGUAUAUAUAAGAUCCGAGAUGACUGCAGUCGAUAUCAGUCCCAUUCCGACUGCCGCCGCAAGUCUAUUCCACGACAAACAUAUAUUCGAGAUGCUGGCCUUUGGUGUACUGCUUCUCGCGGCGGCAGCCCUCGCCGCACCGGCUGAGCAAGUCGCGACGCUGCAUGAUCAUCAGCACCAACAGCAGGUCGGCAGGAAUUUCCCUCCAAGUUUUCAAGCCGCUCAAACUCACGCGCAAAGUAAACCGACCGACGUCCAGCAUCAUCAUCAGCCGCAGUCGGGUGCCAGGCAUCGUCAGAACGUCCCUAACGUCGAAUCUGUGGCCAGCUCCCGAAGUGCCCGAAUCAUCAAGCAGGACAUGGAAGUGAAUCCCGACGGCAGCCACUUCAACGUCUGGAGCUCGGACAACGGCAUCGACGUGCAGGAGCAGAGCGUAGUCCAGCAGGUCGAGGAUGUGGCCGUGCCCGUGAGCCAGGGCGAGAUAUCGUACGUCGACCACGAGGGCAACCAAUACCACCUGACCUACGUCGCCGAUCAGUUCGGCUUCCGGGCAAAGGGCGACCAUUUGCCAACUCCACCGCCGCUUCCCGCCGGAAUCGCCAGGGGCUUGGAGUACAUCAAGGCCCACCCCUAUGUCGAGCCUGAAACUGCGGACCAUAAGGCUUCGCAGAACUUCCAUCAGGAAGGACGGCCAGUUGUAGUCGACAAUUGAGAGGGAUCCGACGAGAUAGGGAAAAUAAAUUGCGCAAAAUCACUUUGUCGAUAAAGACGAGAAAACUUGUAUGUACAUAAGUUGUGCUGAAUAAAAUCAGUUUUCUUUUGCAACCAAA